UUUUUAAUGAUGAUACCGGCCCAGCCAAUUGGAAAGAGCCAAGUUUCAUGUCGACAUCAUGCUUCUUGUUCACGCCAUAUUUUAUCUAUUAUUUCAUCACCCACCAAACCAACCCCCCAUCAUCUCCAUCUUUGUCUUCGGACCUUCAUGUCUCACAAUGGAAGGGUUUAUGAUUUCAGAAAUGGCGAAGCGGGUGCGAGACAUAUUAUCCAUGUUUGUCUUAGCAAUAUUCUCCAAGGUAAUUGGCACAAAGCCGUACUCAAGAAGGAGCGCACCAGCUGAGCCUGAGAGUGAGGCUAACGAGUGCUUGAGCUGGCGUUUGGCGGUGGAAGCUAACAAUAUGCCGGGAUGGAGCACCGUUCCACUUCAUUGCCUUAGCCAUGUUGAAACUUACAUGAUGGGUGGACAAUACGAGCAGGACGUUAACUACAUCGUGGAACAAAUAGAGAAUUACGUUAGCCAAGUAGUUUUGAAAGGCGAUGGCUGCGAUGCCUGGAUCCUGGAUAUUGAUGACACCUGCAUCUCAAAUCUCUUUUACUACAAGGAUAAGAAUUACGGGUGUGACCCUUUUGAUCCUGGGGGUUUCGUGGCAUGGGUAAUGAAGGGAGAGUGUCCAGCGAUUCCUGCAGUACUUGGAUUGUUUACCAAGCUGGUGGAGGGUGGAUUUAAGGUGUUCCUGCUUACCGGGAGAGACCAACAGACUUUAGCCCCUGCCACCAUUGCUAAUUUGCAUAACCAAGGAUAUAUCGGCUAUCAUAGGGUGAUUUUUAGGAACCAAUCAUUCAAAGGGAAAAGUGCAGUGGUGUUCAAGUCAGAAGUUCGAAAGCAAUUAGUGGAAGAAGGGUAUAGGAUAUGGGGGAAUGUUGGGGACCAAUGGACCGAUUUGCAAGGGGAAUGCUUGGGCAACCGCACUUUCAAAAUCCCUAAUCCUAUGUAUUGUGUUCCUUAGUCCCUAGAAUUUAGGGAAAGAAAAAUCAAGUGUGCAGAAAUAAUAAUGCCUCGUAAUUGCUCCGCAAUGAACUCGUCAAUACCAUUUAUCAUAUCCCCAAAUAUUUUAAUGGUAAAAAGUGGUUGUUAGUAAAA